GUUAUCUGGUAUUUCUGCUGGGAAAUUGGUAAAAUUUUGCGUUUUUUUUUGUUAAAUGCGCUUCUUUAUUUUCUCGACGUUUAUUGGUGAUUUGGUGUUCUUUUUAUUUGGAUUUGGUGAAAUGUGGAGAUAAUUGAAAUCAAUGUGGAGAUCGUUCUGAUCAGUAAUAAUAGUCAGGUACUUGCAAUCGAAUUUGUUUUCUCGGCCAUUCACUGGGAUUUCUGAUAGGCUUUCGUUUUGUUCGAUUCAUUUUCGUGUUGUGUUGUUUUGGGUUUGGGUGGAUCUCACUAUCUCAGUGAUUGAGAAGUCAAGUUAGGUCUCGGAGAAAUGGGAAGUUCAGAGUUCUCAUGGAAAUUGCCAGAUCACCCCAAGCUGCCCAAGGAUAAGAUAGUGGCCGUGGUGGUUCUCGAUGGGUGGGGCGAAGCCGAUCCUGAUAAAUAUAAUUGUAUCCAUGUUGCCGAAACUCCCACCAUGGAUUCCCUUAAGCAGGGUGCCCCAGAGAAGUGGAGGUUGAUUAAGGCUCAUGGUACAGCUGUUGGGCUUCCAUCAGAAGAUGACAUGGGCAAUAGUGAAGUUGGCCACAAUGCUUUGGGUGCUGGACGAAUAUUUGCUCAAGGGGCUAAGCUUGUUGAUCUUGCUCUUGCCUCAGGAAAAAUAUUUGAGGGUGAAGGCUUUAACUAUAUCAAGGAGAGUUUUCAAACAGGUACCAUGCACCUCAUUGGGUUGCUCAGUGAUGGAGGUGUACAUUCUCGCCUUGAUCAGUUACAGCUGUUGUUGAAAGGCUCUGCUGUUCAUGGUGCCAAGAAAAUCCGUGUUCAUAUUCUCACUGAUGGCCGUGAUGUUUUGGAUGGUUCAAGCGUAGGCUUUCUGGAAACUCUUGAAAACGAUCUUGUGCAGUUAAGGGAGAGAGGUAUCGAUGCCCAGGUCGCAUCUGGUGGUGGCCGCAUGUAUGUUACUAUGGAUCGUUAUGAGAAUGAUUGGGAGGUUGUGAAACGAGGAUGGGAUGCACAAGUGCUUGGUGAAGCUCCAUACAAGUUCAGGGAUGCAGUUGAGGCUGUCAAGAAACUGAGGGAGGAUACUAAGGCUAACGACCAGUACAUACCACCUUUUGUUAUUGUGGAUGAGAAUGGAAAGGCUGUUGGUCCAAUAGUUGAUGGAGAUGCUGUUGUAACAAUUAACUUUCGAGCCGAUCGUAUGGUCAUGCUUGCAAAAGCACUCGAAUAUGAAAAUUUUGAUAAGUUUGACAGAGUUCGAUAUCCUAAAAUCCGUUAUGCUGGUAUGCUUCAGUAUGAUGGUGAAUUGAAGCUUCCCAAUCAUUACCUUGUUUCUCCUCCAGAAAUUGAGAGAACAUCAGGGGAAUAUCUGGUUUACAAUGGUGUACGGACAUUUGCUUGCAGUGAAACUGUCAAGUUUGGACAUGUCACCUUUUUCUGGAAUGGGAAUCGGUCAGGAUAUUUUAAACCUGAAAUGGAGGAGUAUGUGGAGAUUCCUAGUGACAGUGGCAUUAGCUUUAAUGUCCAACCUUUAAUGAAGGCUUUGGAGAUUGGUGAAAAGGCAAGGGACGCCAUUCUGAGUGGCAAAUUCCACCAGAUUCGUGUAAACAUACCUAAUGGGGAUAUGGUCGGCCAUACUGGUGACGUAGAAGCUACAGUUGUUGCUUGCAAGGCUGCUGAUGAAGCUGUCAAGAUGAUCCUUGAUGCAAUCGAGCAAGUUGGUGGAAUAUAUGUUGUUACUGCUGAUCAUGGAAACGCUGAAGAAAUGGUAAAGAGAGACAAGAAAGGGCAGCCUUCUCUUGACAAGAGUGGGAAUGUUCAGAUUCUUACAUCUCACACAUUACAACCGGUGCCUAUUGCAAUUGGAGGUCCUGGCCUUUCACCUGGUGUUCGAUUCCGGAAUGACGUACCUACCGGUGGUCUUGCUAAUGUCGCUGCUACUGUGAUUAACCUACAUGGAUUUGAGGCUCCUAAUGAUUACGAGCCAACACUUAUUGAGGUUGCAGACGAGUAGACAAUGCACGUGUUCUGCAAUUUGAAUGUUUUUGAAUUUUGACGCAUUUCUGAUUCAAGAUCAAUAAGUGCCGUUCAACUCCUAAAAUCCAAAUUAUGUGUAUGAACAAACUUGAGAUGCUGUUUUGGUAAACAUAUGCCAGCACAACUUAGAAUUGAGUCCCAGGUGGUCCAGCUUACAAGAUACGUCUUAUUGCCACAUAGUUUUGCAUCACAGACAACUGUUAUUCAAUCUGGAUCAUAAGAUCCUACAACUUGAAUACUUGCUGUCGAUCAUGGUCCAAUGGAAUCUCAAUAUUUGUAGGAUAUUUUGAUCCUACUUGGUUAAAUUUUGGACAAAUAUUAGGAUACUAUUGUAUUUAGACAAUUCUAUUUAGUGGCUAAAUUAUAAGUUUAAUAGACAUGAUACCACGACAUUUUUGUUA